GCCAGCGGCAAAGCUAAUGCCGAGCCAAUGAUAGUGAUAGUGACUUCCUCAAUCUUUAACCACCCGAUUGGAAAGUCGGGCAGCAAUCCGCGGACAAUCGAGAUCAAGGCCAGUGCAUUAUGGAUCGACUGGUUUGGCUUUCGCUUUGCAUUUCACUGGGAUUGCAGCUCCUGGCCACUCUCUCCGUCGUCGUCGUCGGCGGGCUGCCGUUCGAGGACGGUAACAACAAUAAUGUCAAAAUCACACGCCGCAGUCUGGAGCUGACCCAAACUAUCAACAUCCAGCGGCAGGAGUACAUGCAAAGGCAAUGCGAACUGCUGGGAGAGCACACGCAAACGCUGGAGGACCUCAGCGAGCUGCAAAUGGACCACAUGAUCGUGGACAGGGAGCACAAGCUCCUCUACUGCUAUGUGCCCAAGGUUGCCUGCACGAAUUGGAAGCGAGUGCUGAUGAUGCUCACGGGCAAGUGGCGCAAUGGAACCGAUCCUCUGCUUAUUCCGGGAUCCUUAGCCCACUCGGUGGGAAUGUUUAGCAAACUGUACGAUUUAAGCGAAGCCGAGCAGCGACAGGUGCUUAGCGAGGAGUAUACACGUUUUAUCCUCGUGCGACAUCCCUUCGAGCGGCUACUCUCCGCUUAUAGGAAUAAGUUGGAAGGGGAUUCCCCUAGUGCACGCUAUUUUCAGUCCCGUGUAGGUCGCCAGAUCGUAAGGGAACUGCGGCCAGGAGCCAGUAACGAUUCCCUGGAAAAUGGCGACGAUGUCAGCUUCGGGGAAUUUGUCCAAUAUCUGCUAACUCCGGAACUGAGUCGAGCCAAUCAGUCGGAUUACAACGAGCAUUGGGAGGUGAUAUCCAAGCUCUGCAAUCCCUGUGUGAUGAAAUACAACGUUGUGGGAAAAUACGACACUCUGCUGGACGACUCCGCCCUGGCAUUGUAUCUAGCUGGAGCCAACAAUUUGACCUUCCCCACUGGUCACAAGCCAUCGAGCACGAGGGCGAAUCUGCGCACCUACUUCGAUCCCCUGCCAAUCGGUGCCAUACGCAAGCUGUACGAGAUCUACGAGGAGGACUUCCGCCUGUUCGACUACGGAUUGGACGAUGUCCUCGGCUUUGAGUUUGGCUGAUUCUAAACUAUUGCUCUCUCUUCACUUUCAAGUCGCCACCAUAACGCUUUCCACUGGAAAAGAUUGUGAUUUUAGGCUAGAUUUCGUAUAGUUAAGAGCAGUUUAAUGCGAAUAUUAAUUUAAUAGAGAAUACCUCCCCUCACCACACAACUACUUCCAAGGGUUUCAAUUAUAGUUGGCCCGAGUUGUGUGUUUAUCUAUUAUAAAGUGAUUCAAGAAGCUCAAAGUGUUUAAUAAUUAAGAUUGAUACCAUUUGAUGAUGAUUAGUUAGUAUUUAGUCUGUACUUUAUAGAUCAAAUGUAGGUUCAAAAUAUUAAAUAUAGUAAUUUGUAAAUGAUAUUUACGAAAAUGUGUAAGUACUUAUGAUGGCAUAAUUAAAAGUUGAGUUCGAUUGAUAAAUCCAA